UUUGAGACCAAUAUUGUCGGAGUUUAGAUCCUUUGGCCUCCAGCUGCACCAUGGCUUUGAAAGACACAGAUGGGGCUGAGGAGUGUAAGGAAUGCUUCUGAUGACCUACCCUUCACAACCCCCUGGGGGAGAAAAAUCCAGAGAUAAAUAUCUCGGGAGUGGGAGGAGGAGAAGAUGGCGACACCACGCAGCGCGCGCGGCCUCUCCGGUGAUGAAUAUCUGUCAUCUGUCAAGUAGGAUGCCGUGCACAAUUCUGAUUUGAUGGAGACAGACGUGAAAGCACGGAGGAGCAUCUGUGAAACUUUUGAAAUGCCUGCUUCGCUGCCGCUGCUACUGUGUGAUCCGAAAUCUCCGGAGGGGAAGGCCCCGAAUCCUCGGCUUUGCCUGUUGCUCGGCGGCCGGGGCCGGAGUCGAAGCGCUCGGCAGAGGAUGGUGCUCGGUGUUGGAGGGCUGGUCGGAGGCUCGAAGUUUUUGGACGGACUUGGAGUCCGACUGUGGUCGGGUGCUUCCAGGAUGCUGCAUCGGCAAGUUUGCGGCGCUGGAAGCUCCUGGCAGGGAGAGUUUCUUCCUUCUACCGUCUGCGUGAGAUGUUGGGGCUAUCGGGACUUUGAGACUUUUUUUUACCGUGCCUAUGGUCUGCUUUUAUCAAAUUACGGAUGAACAAAAUUGAAGCCUCUGGAUUGAAGUUGAGUAAUACAGAUAGCAUGAAGACCCACAUUAGUUCACCUGGUGCUAAAAGCGGAUUUGGAGAUGAAAAAGAUCUCCCAUCAACCACUGUUACCACAAGUAUACCUCAGACCUUAACAGAGAAUCAAAUGUCAGUUCCCAAAAGCAAUACUUUAAACUUGUCUAAACAUCUGUCCAGGGACAGUUCUAUAAAAGCCUUAAGUGGAACCCAGCAGACUGUGUUAAUGCAAACUGGUGCUCCUACUGCUUCGAAUGCAAAACUUAUCUUGCCUACAGGAACUGCUGUGAGGGAUGUACUUACACAGCCCUCUUCAACUAAAUCUUCCAAUGCAAAGCAGUCUGAUGUUUCCUUAGGUAUUUCUCAAUCUCUGUGCCAGCCAGUUGCAGAUUCCAGCCCAUCGUCUCACUUUGUUCCGUCUGUUCAGGUUCCAACAUCAUCUGAUAAUUCAGAUAAAGCUCAGCCGGUAGCCCCAGUCCUCUUGCUGGUCCCCAAUUUAGUGCCUUUUCAGGGUCAAAUUAAGACACAGCCUAAAAUGACGAGUCCUUUGCCAAUCGUGGACCACAAAUCUACAGUCCAAUCAAAUGGUGCUUCUACAAGCCAGAUGUCAUAUUGUAAAGGAAGUGAAAAAACAAAUGAUAAUAGAAGAGAUAUAAUGGGGAAAAGAACGUUAAGUUCUUCUGAUAUUCAUGUGGCUGAAUCAGAAACUUUAAAUGAUGUUGGCUUUAAUUGGGACCCUGAAAAAGAAUUCAUGCAGUUCCUGCUUACAAAGGAAAAGGAUGAACAGAUAGUUCAAAUUGAUGGAAAUUCCCAUAUCCAAUCAAAUCUGAACUAUGGAAGAAAAAGGAAACGGAAAAUGGACAUUGUUCACAUGGUGGAUUUCUCUGAAGUGGAAAGUCCAAACAUGCACCUUAUACCUAAAAAGACUGCAGUUAAUCUGGAAGGGAUGAGACAUGGUGAAGCAAAAGUUUCAGUUGUAAAACCAAAAUACUUGCCUGCCAAAAGAAAUCUUGUUGGUGAGACAGGAUCAAACCUUCCCAAAGAAACUGUGGAAGCAAUUAAACAGUUAAUCUUCAGUGAUUAUAAAUUUCCUGUCAAAAACCUAGAAACAGCAAGAACAAAUGUUGCUGCAACUGCACAAGUAGAAGAAACUUUACCUUUUGGUUCAACAGUUUUUCCUCCAGGUAGCGCUGUAACGAUAGAUGAUCUACGAACCGGUUCUGAGUCGCAUUCAGAUGAUGACACUGAGACAGAACCAUCAUUUUACCCCUGCACUAAAUGUAAUGUCAAUUUCAGGGAAAAAAAGCAUUUGCAGAGACACAUGAUUUAUCAUUUAGAAGGACACAGUAAAACAAAUCUGCCAAGACCCUAUAUAUGUAAAGAAUGUGGAAUUGCGUUUCGUGACCGUGCACCUCUCCAAAAGCAUAGGAGUCUUCAUCAAGAAAAAAGGGAGCGGCUGAUGGAGGAGAUUCGUGAGCUCCGCACCUUUCAGGAUGAAGGCCGGAAUGCAAAAUUACAGUGUCCGCAAUGUGUAUUUGGAACAAACUGCCCUAAAACGUUUGUGCAGCAUGCUAAAACACAUGAGAAGGACAAAAGAUACUACUGCUGUGAUAAAUGCAACUUCAUGGCAGCAUCAAUGGAUGAACUCGAAGGGCAUCAAAUUUAUAUUCAUGAUGCAGUUAACAAGUCCAUUCAAAAACCUUUGAAAGGUGUAUCGUUAGAAAAUUUAUUAACUCAUUGUAAAUCAGGAGGCAUUUAUGUAUGUAGGAAAUGCCCUUUCACCACAGCAGUUAGGAGUAUCUUUAAAAAGCAUGUUAAAUACUUGCAUCAGCGUCUUUACCAUGUUCAGCAUAAAAAUGAACAUGGAAUAAAAAUGCCUAGCUUGAGCUCAAAACCACUUAAUUUGGUGAGUGGCAAUAAGGCUGUAUCACAUGAAUCUGAAUAUCUGAACAAAUUUGUUGUAAAGGGAGGUAUAAAAAGGGGGUUUGAUGCGCCUGAUGCACUAGGGAAUUCCUCAGGACUGUACAGCAAGGUCACUGAUAAUGCUAUUACUCAGAAGCCAAGCUACACAGCCACAAAAUAUAUACACCAUUCAUCUGAUUCUGUGAUAGAUUAUAGUAAAUCUUCAACAAAGAUUCUGACAGGAUUAAACUCUAGUAACCAAAGGGUUAGCUUCCUACAUCAAGACCAUGUUCGAAAGCAGGGUGAUAAUGAUGUCAGAGGGAACAAUGUAAUCCUACUGUCGAAGGAUCAUGUUGUUAGUUAUCAGAAUUUAGGGAAAUCUGAUAAUGAUGUAGAGAUAGUAAAAGAUUUUCCUCCAUCUACAUUAAUGGAAACAAAUCAUUGUGAUACACGAUUGACUUUGAACUUCCAUCAGUCUGAUGCUGAAGAAAUGUCAGGGGAAACAGAAUAUGCAGAUGCGGGCGCUGUAUCAGUUAGAAAAUCUGUUAAGGAUGUCAUGGUUAGUGUGUCGGUUGGCAAUAAUAUUUUGGAUCAAUAUCCAGAUGUAUUUCACAAAGCACCUGUUGUUGUUUUGAAUAAACUUGAUCCAUGUGAAAAUGCAUUAGAAUGUGAUGGUGAAGAAAACUCACCAGGAAGCGAUGUUGUGGAAACUGCUAACUGUAUGAGUGAUGCUACUGCAGUGACUGUUGGUGAGAAUAAUUUUGAUGUUGAUGAUAAAGAAACUCAGUACUUCAGUACUGAAGUACAGUUAGUUGAUGAAAAUGGCAUUGACGAUGAUGAUUUUGAUACUUAUGAUGAGAGUGAAGAAGAUGAUGAUUUUGUUAAUUUUGAUAAUGACAUUCAUGAUUAUGGCAACAGUGACUAUGGUAACCAAAGCCUUUACUCAGCGGAAUAUCAAGAUGUUAGUCACAAUCAUUUUAUUAAUGAAGAUUUUCAUAUCAGUAAUGAUGCUAAAUGUAUAGAAGUUAGGGAUCCAGUUCUUUAUCAACAUGAUGCUCCACUUAAUAUAACCUAUAAUUGGACUGAUUUUCACACUGAGAAGCGACCAUGUCCGUACUGUCCAGCUGUAUUUGACACAGGUGUUGGCUUGUCAAAUCAUGUUCGAGGACAUCUUUAUAGAGUUGGCUUAACUUAUGAUGCUCGUCAUUUGGUUCCACCAGAGCAAAUAGCAUCCAGUGAUAAGAGGCGGCGGAUCAAAAAAAGUGAUGCUCCUGUUAGGAGAAUAAAGAAAGAAGUGAAAUCUGGAUCAUCAACUGAGAAUACAUGUCCUCUGUGUGGGGGCUGGUUUGACACAAAGGUUGGCCUGUCAAAUCAUGUCCGUGGUCACUUGAAGAGGUUGGGGAAAACAGAACUGGAAGCACACAAAUCCCCACUCUGCAUUUUGACUGAAAUGAUGCAAAAUGAAGCAGAGGCUGAAAAUAUUGCAAAGUUGUUGAGUAGCAAACAAUUUAGAUAUAAACCCUUUGUAUCACAGAAAUUUGCAACAAGUGACGGCCUAUUUCUUGCUCCAAAUGGUAUAACUAUAAAACUGCAGCAAAAUGAGAUGAAGACAAAAUCCUUCCCCUUACCACAAUUAGACCUCAAUGAUGACCUCCCUGACCUGCAGCCAGGAAAAUACAGUGAGACACAUGAACAGUCAAGUUCUCUGAUGCAAAUUCUGAAGACUAAAUUUGGAGAAGAAACACGAUUACCAAUAAAAUCCCAGCCAGGAAGAGGUCAUGUUCAAACUGCAAAGAAGCGACUGCCUAAUCACAGACGCCCCUUUCAUCCACAGUUUGGCAGUUCAGUUUUGCAGCCUAGUGUAUCAUCACAACCAGUGACAAGUGCAGAUAUGACUUAUCAAACAGGACAUCCUGUGAAGUUAAGAACUUGUGUUCAUUGUCAUGCAACCUUUACAAGUGCAGUUAGCCUGGCAAAUCAUCUCAGAGUCUAUGCAAGAAGAAAGCAAGCUGGAGAUCUGACUGGCACUCCUUUUGACUGCAAGCAAAAGAGGUCACGAUCACGGUCUGGGACCAAAAAGAAGUCUUCCCUGUUUGUUCCAUCUCUUGAUGAUGCUUAUGUACUCAAGUGCAGGUUCUGUGAUCUGGUCUUCCGAGGUCCACUUUCUGUCCAAGAAGAUUGGAUCAAGCACUUGCAGCGGCAUGUUGUUAAUGCAAAUCUUCCUCGCACUGGUGCUGGAAUGGUAGAAAUUUCACUGCCAUCAAAAGAAAAUUUCCCAGUAACUGAAUCAUCGUUUUCUUUAUUAAUGGCACAGACAGCUUCCUAAAAUUAUCUGAUAAUGAUGAAUUAAUCUGCUGUAAAUUUGAUCUGGUGUUUUUCUAUUAGCACCUAGUAAAAGUGCAUUCUAUUACCCAUUAGAAGGCUUAAUAGAUCAUUGCAACAAUGUAAGCUAUUUAUAACCUUAAAAUGAUUUGAAAGUGCUUGAUUUUGUUAAAAGCUCAAAUAAUUAUACAUAUAUUCAAAAAUAUAAUUCAAUAAUUAGAUCACCAGCCAAUCAGCAUGAAGAAUCCUGUUUCUAGAUUUGCCGCAAUUUGGACAAAGCUGUAGAUACAAUGAAGAAGGUAGUUUACAAUAGCUAGUGCUAGAUAUUAGCAUAAGCAGCAAGUCAGAUGUUUCCCUAAUCAUUUCGGAAAGAUAGUCCUUUUGCCUGAGGAACCUUAUGGCAGCAGGAAAUGAAGCAUUCAAUUUCACUGACACAUUUACGAACACUGUUCUAACUUCCAAUUUAGUAAGGAAGCGACAUUCCUGUUUAGCAUUGCAUGUAACAACUGUGGAUAGUUAUCUUUGGUUGCAGCAGAAGUGUUUAAUUUUAAACAAAAACUUAAAAAUAGCCCCUGCCCCCCACCCACACACACACACACACACACACACACACACACACACACACAAAUUUGCAGAUGUUCUUGUUUACUUGCAAUUUUAUGAAAUGUGUUUUUUUUUACAUCAGUACUAUACCUUUAAAGUAUGAAACAUAAACUGUAAUACUUGUUUUGUUUUUAAUUCCAUCCUUGCCUCCCCCCCACCCAUCCCCAUUGCAAAAUGCUUGGAGAUAUACUUACUGUUCCAGCCAGGAGAGCAGAAUGUCUUAAGUCCUUCCAGAGUCACUAUCUGUGCUGUCCUUUGUCUGGAGGUAUGAUUCUAGUGAGGAGAAAAUGGUUCUUUUCAUUCAAACUGCCACCUGUCAGAGUGUUGGGAAUAAUAAAAGCUUUCCAAGCAUGUGUGUGACAGUGAUCAGCCACUUUAGUAUUCAUACUUUUAACUUAACAAUGAUGAGCACGCUCGAGUACAGUUCCCAGGCCGCAUUACAAAGUAUGGCGAUAUUAACACUAGUAAUAUGUAAAGCAUAGUAAGUACAAUAUUUUUUUCCCAUUCAAAAACUCAGAAUGCAGCAAAACUAAAAAUACACUUCAAGUAUGAUUCAAUUUCUGUUCUUUUCCACCAAGCAUUUUUCUACUGGACUAAAAUCUCAGUAUGUUUUUUUUAUGUAGCAAUCUUAUUUGAAUACCUUGUUCUCAAUUCCUGAUUUUAUUUUCAUCAGUUUUGUUGAAAUUGAAAUCUAGAUGGCUGCUCGCUAUUAUGCAAUUGCUUGUACUUUUAGGUCUAUACUAAUACAUUUAACAUUAAGUCAGUAGGAGAUUUUCUAGUAGCCAGAUCUAUUUUGAAUAUGGCAGUAUGUAGAUAAUAGUUCCCCAAGUCUAGUGAUUACUGUAUUGCUGUACAUUUUAGCAUAUUAAUUGUUUUAGGAUUGUCAUGUUCUUAGAAAGGGGCAUUUAAAUAUAAUUUUUUUUUCCUGACAAAGGUCAGUAUUCACCUUCCUAAGGAUAACUCAACAAAAUGUAUGUACUUGUCUUUUACUAGGUUUAGCAUGUACAUAAAUACCAGGUGCAUUGCUAUGGAGAUGGAUAUUAUUGGAUUUUAUAUUUGUAUUUUCUAAAAUAGGCUGAAAUAGUAUUUAACCAGUUGACUUAUUUGGAGUAGGUUUACAGGUACUGAUUCAAUGUAGCUUUUAAUUUGCUGAAACUAAAAGUAACUCCUGCCUAACUUUUUUUGAGCUCCCUGUAUUUCAUAAUUGGAUAUUGUAAAAGUAUAUUUUUUCUGUACAAUUUUAUCUUAAUUGUAAAGGAAAGCAUGUUCUUUACAACUCUGAACUCACCUAAGAGAUGAGUUUCUUGAAAAAUUCACUGUAUCUUUUAGGCAUUUUUAUGCCUGAUUACUGUGUAUCCAACAAGAACACUGGUAUAUGAUAUUAAGUGCUCAGAUGUGAUUGUGCACGCUCAUAUUUGUAAGUAAACUGUGUAAACACUAUGUGAAAUGUGCUAUUACUACAAGUCUACUUAUCUAGUGGCAGAAAUAAAAUGUACAGUCAUAUAAUUAACACUGGUUUGAUGUUUGUGUCCUUAUUAUCCCACAAUUAAUUUAUUCAGCCAAAUGAUAUUAAUAAAUGUGUAUCAAUUGAUACAGAAUAUUUGCAAUAAUGGCUGUUAACAUUGCUGAACCUCAAUUUAUAACAUGAAUAUGAAUUAUGUGACUGUGCUCAUCUUCUGAUUGUGUAUUAGUUCAUGUUUGUUAUUAAUUUUACAGUUCUGCUGAUUUUCAUUGAUCUCUGCCAGUUAGUGGACUCUUUGAGCUGCAGUGUGUUCCACUGAAACUUAAUAGAAUGAAACAGAUGUAUUGCUAAUAAAUACUUCCAAAUUUUAUGUGCUUCUUUUUACCUGACUGUGAGGAUAAACUUUGCCAUGAUUUGGAGAAAAUAAUUAUUUCC